AUGACAUCCAUCGAUCCUUCUGUCGCGGAGCAAUUGACUGAAGCCGUACGAUGCCGAGGGAUGGCCAAGUUGUUGAGCCAUGAGGUGAUUUCCCGUGGCAUGUUCAGCAAGUCGUGGACGUCUGGACUAGCCGCUGCUGAAUCCUGGAAAGAAGUGCUGCGCAACAAAGAAGAUGGUCGAAUUGUGCAGUUAUUUGUGGCUCGCCUGCUGGCCGACCACGAUCGUUGUCUUCAGACCAUGCGGAAGGCAUUGACCUACAAGGAUGCAGUUCCCAAGCAUCAAUGCUGUGGUAUGUUUUGCCAUUUGCUUGAUUGUCUCGAGCGCAAUGCCCCAGCGACGCAGUUCAAGGAUAUGCAGGAUCGCCUUCACAAGAUGUUCAUGGAAUCCUUUAUGGACCCAGACCUGCUGCACAUGGUGUCGUCUGAAGUCCCUCCUGGUGAUUUGAAGACCGUAGCAGCAUUCAGGCCUUUUCUGGCACAGCUCGAGACAAUGGUCCGCGAGGCCAAGGAAGAGAAGGAGGCAGCCCUUGCCGCGACUGCCCGGGAAGCUGACCUGAACCGACUUCUUUCCAACUUGGAAAAUGAUUUCGAGCUGCUGCGAAGUCGUGUGGAGUCUUCUGGCAAGGAAGCCGAGGCGCAUGCGUUGGACAUGAAAUACAUACGAGAAAGACAGCAGCGCCUUGGCGUUUUGUUGUUUGAGGGCUGA